AUGGCUAAACAGUACGACAUUUUAUUCCGAAUUCUCCUUCUGGGAGAUUCGGGGGUCGGCAAGACGUGUAUGCUGCGUCGCUUCACGGAUAAAGAGUUUGAUACUGGACAUAUCUCAACUAUUGGUGUGGAUUUUAAAAUGAAAACACUAGAAAUAGAUGGAAUCAAGGUGCGAGUACAAAUAUGGGAUACCGCCGGUCAGGAGCGCUAUCAGACCAUUACCAAACAGUACUACAGGCGUGCACAGGGUAUCAUCUUUGUUUAUGACAUCACAAGUGUGUCCUCCUUUCAGCACAUAGUCAAGUGGGCAACUGACGUCGAUGAGUACGCACCAGAAAAAGUGCAGAGGAUUUUGGUAGGAAACAAAUCGGAUGAGGAGCCAAGAAGGCGAGUGACGAUGGAAGAAGGAAGCAAGCUAGCAGAAAGGUAUGGUAUGGAUUUCUUUGAGACCAGUGCGUCCACGAGCAACAACAUUGACAAGUCUUUCACUCGUGUGACAGAACUGGUGCUGCAGGCUCAUAAGAGAGAUGUGGACAACCUGCUGGGAUCUCUGGAUGACUAUUUAAACAAAGCCGGUCUGGAUGAAAACGGGGAAGAUAAAUUGGGCAACAUUCGGAGAGACUGUGCCUGUGCCAGAAUCCUUUGA